CUCUCACUCUGAAAGUAAAAAGUAUCCCACAAGGGGAGCUUGCAAAGAAGUUACUAAAAAGGAUACAAAAAAGUAAGUUUGUUGGUUGGCGUUCUGAGUCAACAUGUUGAGCUUGACGGUAUUGCUUUUGGCGGUGACAGUUGCCUCUGCUGCUGUCAGUACUACGCGGCCAACAUCUACCUUCAGACCCACAACUACGCACUUCGUACCUGGUUGUGAGAGCACGUGUUGUACCUGGCCUAAUCAGCACACCUUGGGUGAAACCUGGCACGAGCAGUUUGAAGGGUUCUGUCAGGACUGUGUCUGUCUGGCAACCGGGAAACAGUGCGAGCCUUGUCCACCCAGAGGCUGCUUCAGACCAGUGGACAUACUGCAAUAUUAUGGCGAGAUGUCUGCAGGCGAGACAGCCAUUAUAGAGCUGAGUCCAGGCAACUGUGUGCUGUGUGACUGCCAGGACUACUGGGCUCACUGUAACAGCUACCCUUGUGACGGUGUCAUAGCUUAAAGGAACAACCAGAGGAAGAACAGAUGUACCGUACAUUAAUCUGCAUACAGCAAUAAAACAUCUGCCA